UUCUGUGACGUAGGUUGUCACAUGACUCCGUGUUUUGCUGGUAGUUCCGGGUUCCUGCCUGCAGCUGAAGCUUCUGUCAAACUUCAGCUGACAGAUAAAUAAUAAAAACAUCAGGAGUUUAAUCUGCAGCAGACAUGCUUGACUGACCUGCGGGGUGACGUCACAUCGCUGACUCUUCAUCAGCUUCGUCAUCAUCAUCAUCGUCGUCGUCGUUGCAGCAUGGCGGCAGUGGACAGCUUCCAGUUUCUGUACGCGGAGAUCUGUCGGUCAUGCAGCUCGUACUGGGACACUCUAGCGCUGGUCGGCGGGCUGUACGCGGCCAGCAGGGCGGUGGUCCUGCUGGCCGACUGCUGCACGGUGCUCAGGGUGCAUUUCCUGCCCAGGAUCGUUCCCAGUAAGCAACUGGCGCGCAGAUACGGCGACUGGGCGGUGAUGUACGGUGCGUCGGAGCCUGUGGCUGCAGCCUACGCUGAGGAGCUGGCCAGGCAGGGCAUCAGCAUCCUCUUCAUCACUCAGGACCACACGGCCUUAAGAGACUUGGCCACGUCUCUCUCUCAGAGCUACGGCGUGGAAACCGUCGUGGUGCUCGCUGACUUCUCUCUGGACCAGACGGCCAGUAAACCCGUCAUGGAGGCCGUGAGGGGUAAAGAUAUCGGCUUCCUGGUCAACUGUGUGGACGAGUCCUCGGCUUCACCCCGGAACCUGAUUGAGACGCCUGAACAGAGUCUGCUGGAUGUGGUGAAUAAGAACGUUGCCGUGGCGACCCUGCUGACCCGGUUGGUGCUGCCGGGGAUGGUGGAGCGCAGCAGAGGAGCCGUCGUCAAUAUAUCACCGGGCGCCUGCUGCAGACCGCUGCCUGGAAGAGUGACGCUCACCGCCUCCACUGGCUACUUGGAUCAUUUCUCCAGAGCUCUUCACCUGGAGUACAGCAGCAGAGGGAUCUUCGUUCAAAGUCUGAUGCCAUUCCAGAUUGCUUCCAGCAGGAGACAACUAUCGUCAACAGAAGGCUGGUUUGUACCGAAGCCGGAUGUUUACGCUCGUCACGCCGUCUCCACGCUGGGCGUCUCUCACCGGACCACCGGCUACUGGCCUCACACGCUGCAGUACGGACUGAUCAGGUGUGUUCCAGAGUGGAUCUGGGUUCUGGGAUCGCGGAUGUUGAUCAGUUCAAGUUAAGAGCUUCUUUCACUGAAGACGUCACGUUGCUGCACCAUCGUCUGCUUUUCAUCUGUAGAGUUCAGUUUCUUCUGCAAGUAGCGACACAUUGUGUGUGCACAACGUUAGACAAUAGAACAAUAGAUAUCAGCUGGCUUUGAUGUCGAGUCCUGGUUGUAAACUUAAUUUUUAUUGGAGCAUAAAAUUAUUACAUUAUCUGAUUCGCUGCCAGUAAAACAUCAGCGUCAAGCCUUUGAAGUGGACAAGAAAUAAAUCAGUAGCCUGCAAACAUGCUUCAGUUCUGGCCAAACUGAAUGUACUUAUAAUUAUUAUAUUUUUAUAUGUAUUUAAAAAAAACAACAGUUGCACAUUUAAACACAAGCAAGACAGAAGAAAGCAAUAAUAGAAGACAAAUUCCAAACAGACGAGUAAAAUAUCAGGAAUUCAGUACAAAAACACACCAACCUGCUUUAGGUAUUAAAUUCACCUUUAACUCUGCAUAUUUAGCUUCCCUGUUCUUACAGGUUUUACUGCUUCUAGCAGCACUGGUCACACCUACACUAACUAAAGCCAACAUCAGACUGAAAGCAUCUGUGCAGCAGUAGCAUCAGUAGUAACUUUGCUAAAUAAACUCAGUCCUGAACACAUUCUUGAAACUUUGCCUCCUUUAAUCUGAUCAGAGAUGUAGUUCAGAGUGAACCAGUAAAGAGGAUCCUUCUCUCUAACUGGAGUGUUUACAGCCAGUAGCUGCAGAUGAAUGCUGCAGGAGUGAAUUUAAAAUGCAAUGAAGAGUGAGAUUGUGAUACAUUUACAUUGAAUAUAUAUGAUUAAUAGUGUUUGUAUAUUUGAACAGAUUCUGAUAAAUGAUUGUGCUUCCUGUGACCGACUGCUAAACAUACAGAACACUAUUAAACACUCCGUGACCUGUUACUCACCAUAACUACAGACUGCUGCUGGAAUAUAACGUAUGUAUCAUCAUAACACAAAACUAAACCAAUAAAACUCUUCUUCCAUUCCA